GUGAGCGUGAGUUUGAAGAUGAAAAUUCUCAUGCAACACCAGAAGGCUAAGCACUUUAAGUGCAACAUGUGCCCUCGUCGCUUGAACACGGCUGGUGGUUUGGCUGUCCAUAUUCAGCAAGUACACAAACUUGAGCCAGAAAAUCUUCCUCGCAUCGAGAACGCCUUGCCUGGCCGUGAUGGGUAUGAGGUCGAGAUAUUUGGCAUGGAAGGUAUUCCUGCUCCAGAUGUAGCAGACUAUAAACGUCGCAAAGAGAUAGAACUUGGUCUCGCUGCGGGGUCCAUUUCACAGCCACAGCCCAAACGGCCCAAGAUAGAGAAUCGUCCUUUAUCGGAAGAUGAACUCAAAGCUCAGCUUGAAGCUCAUAAGGCUCUCAUGGGCGCUAACGAUCC